CAGAACUCGGUGUUGAGAGGUCCAGUGACGAGCAAAGAUGGCCGCGCCCAUGUACUACCCGUAGCAGUUGUUGACCUUUAUUUUUCCUCCCUGUCACCUGGCCCCUGUGGUGGCAGACUGGCUACGAAGACUAUGCUGGGCCGGACCCUCCGAGAAGUUUCUGUCGCACUGAAACAAGGCCAAAUUACUCCAACUGAGCUCUGUCAAGAAUGUCUCUCCCUGAUCAAGAAGACCAAGUUUCUAAAUGCUUACAUUACUGUAUCAGAAGAAGUGGCCUUAAAGCAAGCUGAAGAAUCAGAGGAAAGAUAUAAGAAAGGUCACUCACUUGGGGAGUUAGAUGGAAUUCCUGUUGCAGUAAAAGACAACUUUAGCACAACUGGCAUUAAGACAACGUGUGCAUCGAACAUGUUGAAAGGUUAUGUACCACCUUAUAAUGCCACAGUAGUUCAGAAGCUGUUGGAUCAGGGAGCUCUACUAAUGGGAAAAACAAACUUAGAUGAGUUUGCUAUGGGAUCUGGUAGCACAGAUGGUGUAUUCGGACCAGUUAAAAACCCAUGGAGUUAUUCAAAACAGUACCGAGAAAAGAAGAAGCAGAAACCCCAUGGCGAGAACGAGGAUACAAAUUGGCUAAUAACGGGAGGAAGCUCCGGAGGGAGUGCAGCCGCCGUAUCAGCGUUCACAUGCUUUGCGGCUUUAGGAUCAGAUACGGGAGGAUCAACCAGAAAUCCAGCUGCCCUCUGUGGAGUUGUUGGUUUAAAACCAACCUAUGGCUUAGUUUCCCGUCACGGUCUCAUUCCCCUGGUGAAUUCAAUGGAUGUGCCAGGAAUCUUAACCAGAUGCGUGGAUGAUGCAGCAACUGUGUUGGGUGUACUGGCUGGGCAUGACUGCAAAGAUUCAACCACAGUACAAGAUCCUGUUAAAUCGUUUAUACUUCCCAGUUUGACAGAUGUAAGCAAACUAUGUAUAGGAAUUCCCAAGGAAUAUCUUGUACCAGAAUUAUCGAGUGAAGUACAGUCUCUUUGGUCCAAAGCCGCUAAGCUCUUUGAGUCUGAGGGGGCCAAAGUAAUUGAAGUGUCCCUACCCCACACCAGUUACUCAAUUGUCUGCUACCAUGUAUUGUGUACAUCAGAAGUGGCAUCGAAUAUGGCAAGAUUUGAUGGGCUGGAGUAUGGUCACAGGUGUGACAUUAAUGUGUCUACUGAAGCCAUGUAUGCUGCAACCAGACGAGAAGGCUUUAAUGAUGUGGUGAGAGGAAGAAUUCUCUCAGGAAACUUUUUCUUACUAAAAGAAAACUAUGAGAAUUACUUCAUCAAAGCACAGAAAGUGAGACGACUCAUUGCUAAUGAUUUUGUGAAUGUUUUUAACUCUGGAGUGGAUGUCUUGUUAACUCCCACCACCUUGAGUGAGGCAGUGCCGUACGUGGAAUUCAUCAAAGAAGACAACAGAACGCGAAGUGCCCAGGGUGAUAUUUUUACACAGGCUGUAAAUAUGGCAGCUCUCUGUUUUUUAGAACCACAUCAGGCUGCAUUAUAAUUUUUAUAGCAAUUAUUGAACAUAGCAUAGAACACUCAAGAGGAGAUAGAAAGUCUACUGUACUUGCCUGUACUUUUGCUUACUGUGUUUAUUUCUCCCUGAUCUGUCAAGAUUUUUAUGUUUUAUCACAUCCUUUCUGUUUAGAGAAAUUCCGUUAGCCAUUUUUUUAGGGUACAUCUGAUGGCAACUAAUUCUCUUCGCUUUCUUUUCAUUUUUAAAGAUUAUUUUUGCUAUAUAUAUAGGAUUCUGUUUUGACAGUUCUUUUCUUUAGCACUUAAAAAAAUGUUGUGCUACUUUUUUCUAGCCUGCUUACUUCUGAUAAGAAAUCCCCUACCUUUAAGUGACAUUGUCUUUUGAAGAAUAUAGUUCACUUGUCCUGAAGUGAAUUGUCAGAUUGCUUCCUUGAGAUUGUGUUGAGUUCAACAUUUUUGACAGAAAUACUACAUAUUCUUGAUGUCAGGAAACAGUUAACAUUAGUUUGCUCUGCUUUUGGAAACUACGUUGAACCCUUAGUUAAGGAAGUAACUGCAGAUGUUUUCCUUGUAGAGUUACAUUUUUCCUUUUAUCACUUGUCAGCAUUUGGUGAAGUGAUACUUUGAGACCAUGUGAAUAUCCGAAUCCCCAAUAAACUUGAACUCAGUUUUAGCAUCCAUUGAUGCUGCCUGCCUGAGUUAAUAUCUAGAAAAUUACAAAACACUGACCUUUCUAAUUAUAGCAUUCCAUCUUUGUAUAUUAGUUAGCAGUCUUCUCUAAAGAUCAGCUUUCUUUUUUUUUUUAAUUCAAUGUAAUAUAAGCAAUUACUAUCAUUGUUUUUGUUGCUCAUACUGCCCCAGAUUUAGUCAAUAGGAGCCCCCUUCAAAUUGCAUGUGUCCUUUAGACUUGUCCCCAGUAAUUUUUGAAAACUUCCUUUUUUUAUGAUAUAACAAGAUGUCCCAAGAUUUUAUACUCUCUCUGCCCCAAACCUGAGCUACUAUUUCUCAUCUAACAAAUUGGGGAAAUUUACAAGCUCAACAAUAUAGCCUAUAAGCAAAGCUGCAGGAAAAAAUCCCUCAUCUUGCUAAUGGGAGUUCAGAAUGGUACAGCUUUUUGGAGGGGAAUUUGGCAUUCGCUAAUUACAUAUUUAUUUAUCCUUUGGUGAAACAAUCCUUUUUUGUUGAGAAACUUUCAAGAAUACCAGAAAACAUGAACACAGUAAUUCACUAGGCUAUAGCGUGAAAUAUUGAUAGCUAGGCACAGAAAACAACCUGCAUGCCGAACUGUAGAAGAAUGGCUGGAUAAAUUAUGGUAAAUCCACAUAAUGGAAUAAAUGCAGCUAUAAGAAGGAAUGAAGAUGUUCCAAUAACAGUGAUUUUCAACAUUUAUCAUGAAGUGAAUGAAGAAAGGGUUGCCAGCAGUGAGUGUCCCUAUGGCCCUCUCCAACCAAGGGUUGCCAAUAGGACUACAGUUUAUUGGACGUGCGUUUUGUGACCAGCAGCUUCUUACAGUUGCCAAAUGGUUUGAAAAACAAGUACAGUUUCCUAUUAUUCAGCUUCAAGAAAUAAUGGGUGAUUGUUCAUCAGUCUUUGAAAA